ACAACUAUUUUGGAGCCAAAAACUGAAACUGUGAUGUCAAAAAUUUGAAAUUUUUGUGGUAAACAAUUUGUAAUAAAAUAUCUAUCAUGGACAAAAGUAGUUCCAAAUUAAAAUAUGGCCGUAGAAGAAGCAGGAGUUUGGGUGGCAUACUUAACGCAAGAGAAAUUUGUAAAACAAUCAGAAAAUCAUUAUCUUCCUCACAGAAAUUGCAAUUACUUCUACAAUAUGCUCUUGAACAUGGCUUAUCUAUGGCUGAAAAAGAUUUAUGUGAAGAUAUAGAUGAUGAUGCAUUUAAGAAAGCCAUUUCCAAGUGCCAAGUUAAUAUUGAAUCUGAGAUUGAAGAAAAGAAUUAUUGUUCCUUAGCAGUUGCUGAUAAAGAAUCAAAUGAUUUGAAUGCCUCUCUCAGAUUGAAAUAUGAGGAAUAUAGUUCUGCUGUUACAAAAUUGGAAGAAGAAAUUAGACAGUGGGAUGAACUUUUAGCAAGAUAUAGAUCAAAUUUGAAUGAGGAAAUGAAUGUAACUGAUAUCCAAUUUAAUGGUGAGGUUAAUUUUGAACAGUAUCAGCACCUGGAUUAUUCCACAAUUUUGGAAGAUGUCGAAUCAAUUGAUAGCCAUCUAAAUUAUCAAAUCAAGAAAUUAAAAAAGACAAGCAUCUUUCUAACAAGAUAUACAAAAUUAGCAAAUAAAGGCAUUUUAUCUUGGAGUAAAGAUGCAGGAAAGACCUUUUUGAAACCCUUUGAAGAUUCACCCAGAAGGUUAAUUAAAAAGUGUAUUUAAAAAACUUUGCACCUUCGUCUUUAAUUUCAUUUUUGUACAUCUUUAUGGAAACAUUUUUUAUCUCAUAUUUUUCUUCAAUUUGCUAAAAGUUUUGUAUGGAAUUCAUAAUUGAUUUGUAAUUUUUAUGUACAUAUAUAUCUGAAAUCCUUUCUCUGUGUUGUUUUUGUAUAUGAAUAUCAAAUGAAUGACAUGAAUAUCAUUGCUGUAUUUCAUUAUAAUGAAAAUUUUAUACCUCUUUUU